AUUUUCUACACACCGCAUCUAUCUACUUCCUGUAAUUCUGUUGGGUGGGACAGGCGGAAGCAGUGUUCUGGCAAACGAAACAUUUUUAUUUUGCUGAGUUAAGAGAUUGACAUUUAUUUCUCAAAAUGCCGGCGUACCACUCUGGCUUGAUGGAUGGGGACACCAAGAUGGUGGGGAACAUGGCUAUGCUGCCACUAAAAACCCAGUUCAAGGGCCCUGCAGCAAAAGAGACCAAAGAUUCUGACAUCAUUGAAGAGGCCAUCUACUAUUUCAAAGCCAACGUCUUCUUUAAGAAUUAUGAAAUCAAGAACGAGGCAGACAGGACUCUGAUCUACGUCACCCUUUACAUUUCUGAAUGUCUGAAGAAGCUACAGAAGUGCAGCUCCAGGGGUCAGGGAGAGAAGGAAAUGUACACUCUGGGCAUCACUAACUUCCCCAUCCCUGGAGAACCUGGCUUCCCUCUCAACGCCAUGUAUGCAAAGCCCAGCAACAAGCAGGAAGAGGAGACAAUGAGGGCGUACCUGCAGCAGAUCCGCCAGGAGACGGGGCUGAGGCUGUGUGACCGUGUGUUUGACCCCCAGACAGACAAACCCAGCAAGUGGUGGAUGUGCUUUGUCAAGAAACAAUUCAUGAACAAAAGCCUUUCAGCUCCUGGACAGUAGACAACUCAGGAGUGCUGGAGGUUAUUCUAAACUAAUGCGAAGCAGAUGGAUUUUUCGGGCCUCCGCUUUCGUGUGGCUAAGAUGAUUUUAUACUGAAUAAGAGUACAUGGACGUGCUAUUGUUUCAUUGAUCAUGUUAAGCUGGUGCUUAAUGUGUCCCUGUCCAUCUUUGACAAAAUGUAAGAACAGCAUUGUAUUCUUGUUAAUUGUGUAAAUCAUGAAGAUAAUUUUCAAAACUUUAUUGGGCUCAAGUUAGACAUUAACUGUGGGUGUAAAUGCCUACAAUUUCACAUCACACAGGUGAAUUGGUAGAACUAUUGAGCUACAAGUUUUAUUUCUUGUUCUAACAAUCCAUCGCCACUUCCGUUAGAUAUUUUGUGUAACACAAAAUUGUGUUGCGGAGGGCCAGUCUAAUCCACUUGCACAGGAUAAUGUCUAUACUUGAGUAAAAAUUUAACCAAAAGUGA